AAACGUCAAAAGUGUAUGCGAUGGCAAUUAGGUUAGGUUUUUAAAUAUUAUUUGUUUGGUGUUAAUUAACACGUAGUGUUCACGAAAAAAAUAUGUGGUCGUUUUUCUCGCGAGAUCCGUCAAAAGACUUUAAUUAUGAAAUUGUGGAACAAGUGGCGGGCUUGCAAGAAAAAAGUGUAUGGACGCUGCACAAGGGAAAGAAAAAGGGUACCAGUGAAGAUGUGUCUGUGUUUAUGUACGACAUUAAAAGUGGAUCUGAAACCCAGUUAGACAUAGCGAAGGCCGCCGUAAAACGUUUAAAGACCCUAAGGCAUCCCAGUGUACUUACAUAUUUGGAUAGCUUAGAAUCGGAUAAAGUAUUAUAUUUAGCAUCGGAGAGCGUGGAACCAUUAGCGUAUCAUUUAGAAUCAUUGACCAUGGAAGGAGCGCAAAAGGACCUAUAUAUCGCUUGGGGCAUCUUUCAAAUUACUCGUGCACUUUCGUUUUUAAAUAAUGACGGAAAUUUAAAGCAUAAUAACGUAAAUAUAUGGUCAAUAUAUGUGAAUACUGCUGGGGAGUGGAAAUUGGGUGGUGUGGAAUACGUUGCUGGUGCUCAGGAGAAUUUAUCUAACGUUAUUAAAAUCACACCAUCUUUAGAAAUAUACGAUCCACCGGAAAAAAAUGAUCCGACGAAGCAGAGGCAAAUCACUAAAUGUUCAACGGACAUGUGGGGUCUGGGAUGUUUAAUUUGGGAAGUUUUCAAUGGACCUCUAUACCAACAGUCAUCUUUAAAAAGUUUAGAUAAGAUACCGAAACAACUGUGCCCGCUUUAUUGCGAGUUGGUAGGAGCGAAUCCGGGAUCGCGACCUAAUCCCGCAGACAUAAUUACGCGGUGUCGCAAAUUAGGUGGCUAUUUCAAAAAUGAUCUGGUAGACACGCUACUAUUUUUGGAGGAAAUUCAAAUAAAGGAUAAGAACGAGAAGAAUAGGUUUUUUUCAAAUCUCACUCCGCAUUUAGAUAAUUUUCCUGAUAAUGUUUGUAAGCAUAAGAUUCUUCCACAACUUAUCACCGCCUUUGAGUACGGCGAUGCAGGGUCAGCCGUUUUGGCACCAAUGUUUAAGCUCGGAAGACUGUUGGAUGAAAUUGAUUAUCAAAAGAAAAUUGUGCCAUGUGUAGUUAAAUUAUUUGCCAGUAGUGAUAGAGCAACUCGUUCACGAUUAUUAAUGCAAUUAGAACAUUUUAUAAGCCAUCUUCAGUCGGGUACUGUAAAUGAUCAAAUUUUCCCACAAAUUGCCCAUGGAUUUAUGGAUACCAAUCCAACCAUUCGAGAACAGACUGUUAAAUCUGUGAUACAUCUAGCACCUAAGUUGAAUUACAACAAUCUCAAUGUGGAGGUAUUACGACAUUUUGCCAGAUUACAAGCUAAAGAUGAUCAAGGGGGGAUACGGACGAAUACCACAGUUUGCUUAGGAAAAAUCGCGCAACACUUACACCCUCAAAUUCGUCAAAAAGUUCUUAUAUCUGCAUUUAUAAGAGCUAUGCGAGAUCCUUUCCCUCCUGCUAGAAAUGCUGGCAUUUUGGCUUUAGCAGCUACACAGCAAUAUUACUUGCUAACGGAAGUAUCAACAAGAAUUUUACCUGCAUUAUGUCAAUUAACUAUGGACACCGAAAAAACUGUACGUGAUUCUGUAUUUCGCACAAUUAAGGGAUUUUUAGGAAAAUUAGAAAAAGUAUCCGAAGAUCCGAGCUUACGAGAGAGCAUGGAAGCUGACGUCAACACGGCAACUCCGAGCUUAAGUAAUGCAGCUGCAACUUGGGCGGGUUGGGCUGUCACUGCGGUAACAGCCAAGUUCUAUCGCAGUCAAUCUGACACUGUUAAGUCAAUGAAUCCGAUAACUAGUCGAAUGCUGAGUAAACCCGCGUCCUUAGAGCAACCGUCGAGCAGCAGUUUAUCCACAACUACGUCUAGCGUUACCUCUAUGACCUCCUUGGAACACGAAGAUGGGAGUCGAGGGAAUGAUUCAGUUUCAGAUUAUGACUAUGAUAAUUGGGGUGAUGACAAUUGGGGAGAUAUGGAGACUGGUGGACAAAUGGGCAGCAGUAGCGGAAGUGGAGGUGGUGGCGCUACAAGCGACCCGAUCAGUCCACCUUCAGGAUCAGCUCCAGUGAGAACAACUGACGGGUGGGACAAUGAAGAAUGGGGUAGCUUAGAAGAAGAGCCGGAGGGCGAAACGGAAUUAACAUCACCCUCUGAACCGUGGAGUCCUCCCAGUGAAUACAUUCCCACGGAUGAUACCAAACAUCAAACUGCUUCUUACAACUGGGGAGAUAGUAAUAGAAAACCGCAGAAUACGUGGGAAGAUACCGAAUUUGAACCCCUGGAAGAUAACCAAACAAGUUCCAGUGCAAAAUUUGAAGAGGCACGAAAAAAGAGAGAGGAAAGAAAGCUAAUGAGACAGAAGGAGAUGGAAGCGAGGCGAGCUAGCAAACCUACAGGUGCGACGGGACCUAUGAAGUUAGGUUCUAGGAAAAUGUGAAAUUUUGUGAUUUAAAAUUUAUAUGUAAUACAAAUCUAAAUGGAUUACGUUCAUAUAGUGAAAUAAUAGAGACCUUCGAUUUGAA